GGAAGCUGUUUCGGUUAUCGGGGGCUCCAUCCGGUGUCAGUUCUGUUUUCCAUCUGCUCCGGGCUGGACUUUCCUUACUUCCACCUCAGCGCCUCAUUUAGUCCAGAAUACUUUCCUCCCGCGCCGCUACACGCGUCCGGGGGAGUCUCGCUGCUUCCCGCCGAUCCGGACGUCCGAGCUGCUGCCGGCAGGCUCCGGUAUUAGCUGGAGCGGUUAGCCUGCAGCCCAGAGCCGCUCAUUAUGGCUACGGAGACCACAGAGACCAACGUGGGGACCGACGAGGACACCGGACCGUCCUCUGAGUCCAACGAGCACGACUACGCGCACACGGCGGACGCUAACUUCGCCUCCUCCGGUGCACCGGUCGAACCGGAGCAGAGCACGCUGGUGCAGCCGUCCGCCUCCCUGCUAGUGGAGCAUCCCGAGCCGGUGGUGGGCGCGGAGGUGGACUGUCCCGAUGGGAACGACGCCGAGCCCCGAAAGCCCGGCUUGGCGCCGUCCGCCGCUGUGGGUCGCGGUCCCUCGCGGCGGCCCCGUAGACCGGAGGACAGAAACUGCUCCUGCUGCAAGCUGCAGUUCGAGCGGCAGGGCCGGUCCUUCAACCGGAGGGCCGUGUACACCUUCACCACCCCAGACACCGUGCAGUGGGUCUUCCCGGGAUCCGUGGUCCACGAGAAGUCCUUCCUGUGCGAAACCUGCGCUCAGGUGGUCCGGAGCAAAUGUAAACGGAAACACAGCGGGAAGCGGUCUCUGUGGCUGAAACCCGUCGUGGCCAAGCAAUCUCAGGUGAAGGAUAAGAAGAUGUCGGGUCGCAGGAUGGGGAAGAAGAGCAAGGCGGCGCUGCUGGUCAGCAAGUCCAGCUACAAGGCGGCGUUCCACAUGCUCUGGUCUGCCAAAGGAGCCCGCAAACCCAUGAUGGACUUCUGGAGCAAAAUGCUGAAAGAGGAGAUGAAGACUCUGUCGCGGCAUUCGGACAGCCCCUUCCACCAGAAGGUGUCGGGCAGGAAGCCGCUGUCGUCCUUCCCCUGGCGUCGCUGUCUGAACUGGGCUCAGGACAAAGCUCCGCUGGUCACCGCCUGCCUCCGCUCGCUGUUCCCCGACAUCAACGCCCUCUUCAAGAGCAACCACCAGCUGACCGAGGAGCAGGCCUUCACGCUGCUGGAACGCCGGACCGUGGUGGCGCUGUCCAUCCCUCUGUUCACCAGGAACAUCUGGAAGAACAACUUCAUGCAGGCGGCUCUGGGGGCGGAGCUCCGGCUGCAGGGCUGCUCAGGCUCCGCCCUCGACACCCUGAACACCAUGGGGCUCUGUCAGAACAAGGACACCGUCAGGCUGCUGCUGCACCGGCUGCGUAACGGGAAAGACGCGUCGACGCAAGACGGAGAAUCGCUGACCAUGAAACAGGAACAGUUGAAAGAACAGCUGGGAGAAGCCAUGACAGACGUGGAGGAGGAGGAAGAUGAAGAAGAGGAGGAUAAAGACGAGGAAGAGGACGACGACGAUGAGGAGGCGGAAGAGGAGGAGGAAGAGAUGGUGAUGGCAGUGGAGGAGGAGGUGGAAGAAGAGGAGGUGGAAGAAGAAGAGGUGCAGGAAGGAGUUCAGGAGGAAGACGAGGACGAAGAAGAGGAGGAGGAGGAGAAGAAGAGGAGGAGGAGGAAGAAGGCGAAGAAGCAGAGGAAGGAGGAGAAGAGGAAGGAGCGAGGCAAACAGAAGGCGAAGGAGCGAGACGAGGAGGAGGAGGAGGAGGAAGAGGAGGGUCCAGAGGGACAGAAGAAGAGGAGGGUGGUGGUGGUGAGGCUGGGCCUGCUGAAGGGACACUCGGAGGUCGGCCGAUCCGACCUAUCGGCUCCCUGACGCUCUGCAGACCCCGCCCCCUGAUGGGACACGCCUCCUCCAAUCAGAGAGCUGCAACUGAGGCCCUGCCCUCUUCUACCACGCGUUCAGGGGCAUUCUGGGAGUCAGUAACUGCAGGGAAGCUGACGAGAUUUACUUAAAAUUUUCAUUCAAGUCGGAGCCUCAUUAGUGUAGAUCUAAUUAUCAUCGGGGUCAUUCCAGAUAAAACCCCCAAAAAUCGUAAAAGUUCCCCUUAAUCUGCUCAGAAUCAGAUGAUUUAUUAAUUAUAAUAACUUUAGUGUAUUAAAUGAAAACAUACAAAGUUCUACCUUCAUGCUCUGAACGUUUUCAGAGCUACAGGACCUUAAAGUACAUCAAAUUUUGUCUUUUUUCCUAUAAUUUCUGAGUGUCAGAACUUCAUCAGAUCAGUUUUACAUCCACUAAAGGUGUCACAAUCCAAACACUAAAUUAGCUUUUUGUCCAUUUUUUUUCCAUGACCAACUUUGAGCAUCAGUGUUAUGGGAUGUAUUGUAGUUUUAACAGUUAAACAUCAGAUUGUAACGAUGAGUCCCAGAAACAAUUAUUGGUAUCCUGGAUGUGUUUCUGUUUAGUUUUUCCAAAAUAGAUCAAAAAUUAUGUCCAAAGUGAGUCAAAGAUUGGGUAAAAUAGCUCAAACUCAUCCAAACCUUUACAAAGCGGCAAAAAAUGUGAACAAAAUGACUCAAAAUUUGUCCAAAGUACCUCAAACUUCUCCAAAAUGCCAUAAAACCUUUACAAAAUGGCAAAAAAAAAAACUUGGACAAAAUGACUCAAAUGUAUCCAAAAUGCCUUGAAAUGUUCCCAAUAAUUGCUCAAAAACCAUCAAAAAUAAUUCCAAAUCUGCCUUAAAAGUGUUAAAAAUGAACCAAAACGACCAAGCCGGACCAGUCAUUUUGCACAGUUUUUGAUAUGUGGUUAGCCAGAUCAAGUUCUAGACAUUGAACGCAUCUUAUAAAACCUACAUUUUCAUCAUUUUUGGUAAUUUUGGAGAAAUUUUUGUCAUUUUGGGCAAAAAUAAAGCAGUUUAGAAGAUAAUUUUGUGGUGUUUUGGAGAUCUUUUGGGUCAUUUCACACAGUUUUUGGUAAGUGUGUGGUCAGAACAAGUUAGACGAUGAAAGCAACAUUUUUAUUAGAUACCGAGAUCAUCUUCUAGACUCGAUUCACUCUGAUAUCAUAUUCUAACUGCUUCAUGCAUCUUCUGGCUCUAAAAUGCAGAAACGACUUUGGUGUUCAUGUAUUUUAUAGAUUAUUUUGAUUAAAUCUCAUUUAUUAAACCAGUUUCCAUCAUUCAGAGCUUUUUGAGCGUCUUUAGAUUCUCCUCUGAUGGUGUCACUUCAGGUUCUAUCAAACAUUUAUCUUUCCUACACAAAAUAGGAUCUCAAACUUUACGUUUCACAGGUGUUAAAUAUGAUUAUAUCAGCUAAUUAUUUAGACACAGAAGGAACGCUGGUGUCAAGAUGUGAUUACAAGUGGAAUGACCCGAUAAUUUGCUUUAGGAUGAAAUAUGAAGUCAACCAAAGAGAUCAGAGCUGUGAUCGUCUAAAACUAAAGAUUAAUGUCAUUUUUUCAUCAAGAAGAGUCCAAACGUAUGUUCUUUGCUAAUAUACUACAUUUAAUAUUGUCUAUAUUUUUCUAAACACUACUCUAAUCACAUUGUCGCCCCUUUUUCACAACAAAAAUCCACUUUGUGCUUGAAAUUAGACUUAGAAUGAACAUGAACGAUGAAUUAAAGACAACUAAAAGCGCAGCUUAGUUAAAAUAGAAGGUAAAAACCAAUAGUUAGUAAGUAAAUUAGUUCAGUUGCGCUUUUCUACCUAAAACCUGGAUUUUACUGGAUCUCGAGACGUUUCCCUGCAGUCACAGUUACACUUUGAGAUGUUGGUGUAAAGUUAGAGGAGAUGAAAGCUGCAGUUGUUGGCCGGAAAACCUCCAAAAAAACAAACGGUUGGCGCUAAAACCUGUCACUGGUAAACGGACGCUGAGUUUCUCCGGCUGCUGGACUCGAUCCGAGGAGGUGAAAAGACUUUUAUUUUCUUCGCUGAGCAGAGUUUGAGGACAGAAAACGGUUUGAACGCUGCGACGUCUGGAAGCGUCGACACGUUUCUGCUGAGAAAAGGACCUGUUUUUGUUUUUAUUUUUGUUUUUUUACGGCCUCAUUGGACUUCUUGAACCAACGAAAGAAGAUGGAAGGCUUCGGAGUUCGAGCCUCGACUGCAUAUUUGCUCAUGUGAAGCUUGAAAAUGCUAUCUGACGAUAUAUAUCCACUGAAAUACUAUUAAAACAUACUUUGAGAGAU